CAGGACAUCUUGUUGAUUGCAUGUUAAUUACUCUUUAGAUGUUAAACCAUAUUAUUCUUUUGUUGCAUUUUACUUAUUAAGGCUAUUAGUACUCAUACUCCCAUUUAAAAAAAGAAAAAAUGGAUUAAUGAAAAAAUGGACUCCCAUUAUUAGCCCAUUUUUGUUUUUCAAAAACUUCUAGGUAGUAUUUGCCUAUUAUCACAACAGCAAUAUUUUCACCAACAAAAUGAAGACACAUAGUAUGACAAGUUUUUUGCAUCUCCCAGACACUCUGGGUGGAUAAAAUUUGAAUCCUGAAAUAUUGGAAUUUCUAGUAUACUUCAGUAGUUUAAUAUCUGACGAUCCUGGAAAAUCUAGAACAGUUCUGGAUUGAUCGCCAUUGGUCUUAGGCAAAGCACAAAAAAAUCUGCGUUUUUCAUAAGCACUGCAGUUGAUGCCAAUUAGGUUGUCCAGGAAACAGAUUUUGAUAAAUAAUUUUUUAGGAUUUGUGAUUAAAAUGGAUAGGUAUAAUUCUCUUAGUGUGGAGCAAAUAACAAUGAUUUUCUAGUAAUGUCUUAUAAAUUUAAUACUGAAUUCUUAAUUUUUACUGUUUUUACCACUAGUUUUACAGAUUCCUUUUUUUUUUUUGGAGACUGAGUCUUGCUUUGUCACCCAGGCUGCAUGCAGCGCAGUGGCACAAUCUCGGCUUACUGCAACCUUGCCUUCCAGGUUCAAGCAAUUCUCAUGCCUCAGCCGCCUACUGAGUAGUUGGGAUUACAGGCAUGUGCCACCACACCCAGCUACUAUUUUGUAUUUUUAGUAGAGACGGGAUUUUGCUUUGUUGGCCAGGCUGAUCUCGAACCCCUGGCCUCAAGUGAUCUACCUGCCUUGGCCUCCCAAAGUGCUGGGAUUACAGGCAUGAGCCACCAUGCCCAGCCUAGUUUUACAGAUUCCUUUUUUUUUUGAGAUGGGGUCUUGCUCUGUCACUCAGGCUAGAGUGCAGUGGUGCGAGAUCUUGGCUCACUGCAACCUCCGCCUCCCAGGUUCGACCCAUUCUCCUGCCUCAGCCUCCCAAGUAGCUGGGAUUACAGGUGUCCACCACCACACCCAGCUAAUUUUUAUAUUUUUAGUAGAGGUGGGAUUUCACUGUGUUGGCCAGGCUAAUCUCGAACUCCUGAUCUCGUGAUCCACCCACCUCGGCCUCCCAAAGUGCUGGGGUUACAGACAUGAGCCACUGUGCCCAGCCCAGAUUCCUUUAUAAAAAAUUGUAGAUUUUCCUCUAUACACACUAUUACAAUAAUACUACCAAUAAAAGAUUUAAAAAUAAUUGACCUUCAGAGUGGGCUGCUAUUCUAAUUGACCUUCAGAGGGCUGCUCUUCUAAAAUAAUUUAAAGAGGAAAAAUUUAUUAUUCCCAUACAUUAUAUAUAAACAAUUACUGUUAACAUUUAGAGUAUUUCCUUCCUGUGUGUGUGUGUGUGUGUGUGUGUGUGCACUUAGAUUUAUUAGUGUUUACAUAGUUAUGAUCUUUUGUAAAUAAAUUUCCAACCAGCCUUUUAUUACUUUAUUAUGUAUGCCUUUUAUCUAUAACGUUAUUUUGAACUCUUAAUAGACAAGUUUUAAUAGCUGCAUGAUAUCAGGUAGUCCUACCCUACUUAACUCUGACAUUCUCCAGCUAUUGGACAUUUCUAUUGUUUACAUUUUGGGGUUAUAAUUGUUUUUUCAUAUAUUUUGAUGAACAUUUGUAUAUAAGGCUUACUCUUUCAUAAUGUGAUUUUACCAUUCAAGCUAGAUAUUAUACUUAUUUGUAAAUAUUCACUUUUUGCUAAGCAAGAGAGUUUUAUAGGUACUGUGUUGAUAAUUUCUCCUCCUAUACCUUUUUGGUUUUUUGUUUUCUGAUGGUUGUACAUAUUCUGGGGGUACAUGUGAUAUUUUGAUACAUAUAUAUAAUUUGUAAUGAUCAAAUCAGGGUAAUUAAAAUAUCCAUCAUUUAUAAAUCCAAACAUUUACCUUUUCUUUGUGUUGAGAAGCAUAUACCUUUUUAAUCUCUUCACUGGUUUUAAAGCAUUACUUAAUGGUAUUUCACUAUGGUUUAUAUAAGAGAUUUCAUGUAACUUCUUAUCUUUUCUUUUUCAUGGUUUUCUUCAUUUCCCAUAGUUCUGCGUCAACUCCUAGAUUAAAUCUUCCCGGAGCGGCCAGUGAGGCAGGAGGAAAACCAGGAGAUUGUGAUGGCCUGGAAGCCAAGUGUAGAAAGUAUUUCAAGGAGGGAGUAGUCCACUAUGUCAAAUGCUGCUGGGAGAUCAGGUGGUUAUCCAAAUGCCAACCCAGUCCAGGUUUCAACAGCAACAUUUUUUCUUUUCUUCAACGAAGAGUAGAGAAUGGAGAUCAGCUCUAUCAAUACUGUUCAUUGUUAAUAAAAAGUAUACCUCUCAAGCAACAGCUUCAGUGGGAUCCUAGCAGUCACAGUUUGCAGGGGUUUAUGGACUUUGGUCUUGGAAAACUUGAUGCUGAUGAAACGCCACUUGCUUCAGAAACUGUUUUGUUAAUGGCAGUGGGUAUUUUUGGCCAUUGGAGAACACCUCUUGGUUAUUUUUUUGUCAACAGAGCAUCUGGAUAUUUGCAGGCUCAGCUGCUUCGUCUGACUAUUGGUAAACUGAGUGACAUAGGAAUCACAGUUCUGGCUGUUACAUCUGAUGCCACAGCACAUAGUGUUCAGAUGGCAAAAGCAUUGGGGAUACAUAUUGAUGGAGAUGACAUGAAAUGUACAUUUCAGCAUCCUUCAUCUUCUAGUCAACAGAUUGCAUACUUCUUUGACUCUUGCCACUUGCUAAGAUUAAUAAGAAAUGCAUUUCAGAAUUUUCAAAGCAUUCAGUUUAUUAAUGGUAUAGCACAUUGGCAGCACCUCGUGGAGUUAGUAGCACUGGAGGAACAGGAAUUAUCAAAUAUGGAAAGAAUACCAAGUACACUUGCAAAUUUGAAAAAUCAUGUACUGAAAGUGAAUAGUGCCACCCAACUCUUUAGUGAGAAUGUAGCCAGUGCAUUAGAAUAUUUGUUAUCCUUAGACCUGCCACCUUUUCAAAACUGUAUUGGUACUAUCCAUUUUUUACGUUUAAUUAACAAUCUGUUUGACAUCUUUAAUAGUAGGAACUGUUAUGGAAAGGGACUUAAAGGGCCUCUGUUGCCUGAAACUUACAGUAAAAUAAACCACGUGUUAAUUGAAGCGAAGACUAUUUUUGUUACAUUAUCUGACACUAGCAAUAAUCAAAUAAUUAAAGGUAAGCAAAAACUAGGAUUCCUGGGAUUUUUGCUCAAUGCUGAGAGCUUAAAAUGGCUCUACCAAAAUUAUGUCUUCCCAAAGGUCAUGCCUUUUCCUUAUCUUCUGACUUACAAAUUCAGUCAUGAUCAUCUGGAAUUAUUUCUAAAGAUGCUUAGGCAGGUAUUAGUAACAAGUUCUAGCCCUACCUGCAUGGCAUUCCAGAAAGCUUACUAUAAUUUGGAGACCAGAUACAAAUUUCAAGAUGAAGUUUUUCUAAGCAAAGUAAGCAUCUUUGACAUUUCAAUUGCUCGAAGGAAAGACUUGGCGCUUUGGACAGUUCAACGUCAGUAUGGUGUCAGCGUUACAAAGACUGUCUUUCACGAAGAGGGUGUUUGUCAAGACUGGUCUCAUUGUUCACUAAGUGAGGCAUUACUAGACCUGUCAGAUCAUAGGCGAAAUCUCAUCUGUUAUGCUGGUUAUGUUGCAAACAAGUUAUCAGCUCUUUUAACUUGUGAGGACUGCAUCACUGCACUGUAUGCAUCGGAUCUCAAAGCCUCUAAAAUUGGGUCACUAUUAUUUGUUAAAAAGAAGAAUGGUUUGCAUUUUCCUUCAGAAAGUCUGUGUCGGGUCAUAAAUAUUUGUGAGCGAGUUGUAAGAACCCAUUCAAGAAUGGCAAUUUUUGAACUAGUUUCUAAACAAAGGGAAUUGUAUCUUCAACAGAAAAUAUUAUGUGAGCUUUCUGGGCAUAUUGAUCUUUUUGUAGAUGUGAAUAAGCAUCUCUUUGAUGGAGAAGUGUGUGCCAUCAAUCACUUUGUCAAGUUGCUAAAGGAUAUAAUAAUCUGUUUCUUAAAUAUCAGAGCUAAAAAUGUUGCACAGAAUCCUUUAAAAAAACAUUCAGAGAGAACUGAUACGAAAACUUUAUCAAGGAAACACUGGUCAUCUGUACAGGAUUAUAAAUGUUCAAGUUUUGCUAAUACCAGUAGUAAAUUCAGGCAUUUGCUAAGUAACGAUGGAUAUCCAUUCAAAUGAGAGACCUAAAAUAUAUUAACAUUUUAAUUAAGAAUACUUGAUCAACAUUUUUUAAAGUUCAAUUUACCAUAUUUUAUAAAUUGCGCAUUCUGCACAGUGGACAAGUUUGCAAUUCUGACUUAUUAAAAUUUCAAAUUCUGCAUAUCACAAAAUCUGCUUAUACUUUUGGUAUGGCUCGCAGCAUUUAUGAGUUUUCCAAAAUAUAGAAAGCAGUAGGUCAGUAGGAGCAAACUAGCCAACAGGUACUGUCUUUGAAUUUACUACUGUAAGACUAAGCAGUGUUACUGGACACAGUUUUAACUUGUUCAAUCUGCUUCAAAAACAAGAAAAACAACAACUAUGAGUUAUCAAAAUAUUGACUCCAUUUAUGACUAGACUACAUUUCUGAAAGAUCUUUGGUUUACGAUUCUUAAGAAUAUUGACAAUACCUAUAAAACUUUGAAGAUAACUUUUACUUAAAUAUGAAAAUUAUAGUUUGAAAAUUAGGCUCAAGCAAAUAUCAAAUACUGCAAAAAUCCCCUUGUCCCAGGAUACCCUAAAAUAGAAGUGCUUAAACUUUGUCAGGCAGAAGGUAAAGUAAAUGAGCCAUGAGAUUCUUCCUUGUGCUGCAGCCACGCUGGGGAGUGCAAUCUGGAAAGAACAUACCUAAUGUGUUUUUCACCAUCCAUUAUCUCUGAACUUUGAAAUAUUACUUUUGAAUAAUAGGCUGGACACUUAGUUUGACUUGAAAGAGCUCAAUGUUCAUCAGAAAACAGGGAGAAACCUAAUCUGAAGAUGGAAGCAUACUAAGGACAAUUUUCUCCACUCACAUCCACAUUUGAAAAGAGGAACAGAAAAACAUAGGUAACUCUACUUUCACAAAUGAGGAUAGUUUAACGGAUAGAAGAAACAAGCACAUUAUUCACCUGUGUUGUAAAACAUCUACUCUUUUUUGUCACUGAAUAAGUGUUCCCAAAGUACAGUUAAUCCUAAUAUGAAAACUUAGAAUUGUAAAAGAUUAACGAUAACGUAAAAGUAUAUUGAUUAAAAUUCCCCUUACAAAGUAAUUUUGAUAUGUUUGUUUAUUCUACCUCAAACAAAGGCUUAAGUUUUGAAGUGUAACCAGUUUAUACUUCAUUUUAUACAAAACUUAUUGCUGAGAAGUCUGAAUAUUGUGCUUUUUGUUGUUUGUAAAUAGAAUUGAAUUUAAAUACACCAGGAUAAAUCUUAUUUAAAGGAAGGCUGUUUGUAAAUCACCAACUUUAACUUAUUGCUUAUAUAUAUCCAAGCUCUGUACCUGAUCUUUAUGUAAAGCAAGAUUCAUAUGUGUAUUAUCUAAUGCCCUUUGGUGUUACAUUUGACUAAAAUACAAAUGUCUGUAUUUUA